AUGAGUAAAAGAAAUAACAGUCUUACGGAUAGAAAGAAAUCCAAAGGCAAAUUAAAGACAGCAAUAUCGUAAAGAAAAAAUUCUGACUCCUAAGAGAAUAAUUUCUAUUCUGAAUUCCAAAUUUUCUAUUCCCAAGCUUAGAACAACACUUUUACGAAGUUUGAAUACAUGAAAGAGUUUUUUCAUCUAGGUCUCACCGAAUUUCCGACUGAUGAGGAAAUCAAUUAAAUAUAACUAGAGAUCCUAACAACUAGUGGAUGGAAUUCUAAUCUAAAGAAAAACUGGACCCUAAAUGAAAAGAAAGUACUCAUAUGGCUCAUCGGGAAACUUAGUCAAUUUAGAAAUGAAGAUUUGAGAGAUUUAUCUGCUGAACUUUUUGAGGAAGUUUCAAAAAUGAUUUGUCGUAGAGAUAAGGAAUCAUGCAAAUAAAAAUGGUCUUAAAUGUAAAAGAUCGCAUUGCAAUAACAACCUUUUAGACCUGAAGAAGAUAAAAAGUUAUAUGAAAUAAUUAUGCGCUAUUAAUCUAUCGAUUAGGGGUAAAAGUGGAGUCAAAUUUCACAAGAAUUAAAUUAGAAUUCAACUGUUUAUCGCUCUAGCAAAUAGUGUCGUGAAAGAUGGUUAAAUAAUCUCAACCCUAAAAUUUUGAAGGAACCAUGGACAGAUGAAGAAGAUAUCCAAUUAUUAAUGACAGUCAAAGAAUUGGGUAGAAGAUGGGCAGAAAUUUCUAAAGUUAUGGAUGGAAGAAGAAGCGAGAAUAAUUUAAAAAAUAGGUUCAAUAGUUUAAUAAAAAGAGAAAAAGAUUUGCCUUUUCUAUAAACUUAAAAUGGAUCAACCAAUAACUUGGAUGAGUUAUUGUCAGGCUGCAAUGGCCCUGACAUCACAGAUCUACAAAAAUAAGUGAUAGACGCUGUUUUGGCUAAGUUAAAGUGGAGAAAUUCAGAAACCUAAAAUAAAAUCAAUCAUUAAAAAUCAGACGAUAUUUAAUAGAAUUAAAAUGAAAAGUCAACAUUUUAAUAUACCAUUGGAAAUAUUGAAUAAGAAUAAAACAUCUAAAGAUUAACUCCUUGCUUAAUAAAUUUAGAUAAAAACAUCAUCUAUUUUUGUACUUAUGAAAUUCUAGAGUAAUUUUAAGACUUGCAUCAAUACAAACAGCAAUAAUAAUUCAAAGAUCACUUCCAUAGAAUUAAAAGUGAAUUACAUAUCUUUGAUGCUGGAUUCCCAAAUUUCAAAUCCACUCUAAGUAUGAUAGAAGAAAUUGAAGAUUCUUAAAGAAGCCAUUUAAAUCUUUAUCCCAAUGAUAUAGAUGGUUUUUUUAAUCUCGAAGUACCUGAUAUAUUUUCUAAACCUGCUCAUGUAAAUCCUAUCGAAAUCAUAACUCAAUCAGCCAUGAAAUACAUCCAUAGAUGGAAGACUGAGAGUCAACUCAAUUAUAGACGUAGAAAUAGUGUCACAAUACCAAGAUCGUUGCCGAAUUUGAUAUAAAUUUAAUCGUGA